UAGGUGGUAGCUAGGUUUCUUCUUCCUAAUAAAAAUAUUUUAAAUUUUUUUUUUUUGAAAAAAAAAAAAAUAGAAACUAAUCAAUUAGGUGGAGCUAGCUAGGUGUGAUUAAUUGUGAGGGAGGAAAGGGUUGAUAGAGGAGAGAGGGCGGGGGGGAGUGAAUUGGGGCGAAGAAAAUGGGAGGGGUGAUGUUGAUGGUAUGCCUCACAGUGGUAAUAGGGGCAUUUACGGUGGCGGUCCGAGGUGAAGAUCCUUACCUCUACUUCACAUGGAAUGUCACCUACGGCACCAUUUCUCCACUGGGAGUCCCUCAGCAAGCCAUUCUCAUCAAUGGCCAAUUUCCAGGACCCAAUAUCAACUCUACAACCAACAACAACAUUGUCGUCAAUGUCUUUAACUAUCUAGACGAGCCAUUCCUUUUGACAUGGAGCGGCAUCCAGCAGCGAAAGAAUCCCUGGCAAGAUGGGGUGCUUGGAACCAACUGCCCCAUUCCCCCCGGGAAGAACUUCACGUACCGUUUCCAAGUGAAGGACCAAAUCGGCAGCUACAUCUACUAUCCAACAACCGCCAUGCACAGGGCAGCCGGUGGCUUCGGCGGCCUCCGCGUGAACAGCCGUCUGCUCAUUCCUGUCCCCUACGCGGAUCCCGAGGAUGACUACACUGUCCUCAUCGGUGACUGGCACACCAAGAGCCAUUCCACUCUUAGGAAGUUCUUGGACAGCGGCCGAGCACUUGGCAGGCCUGAUGGAGUCCUCAUCAACGGCAAGGGCAACAACGAUAAGAAACCCCUUUUCACCAUGAAGCCUGGCAAGACCUACAAAUACAGGAUCUGCAACGUGGGCCUCCAGACAUCCCUCAACUUCAGGAUCCAAAACCACACCUUGAAGCUCGUUGAGAUGGAGGGCUCCCACACCAUCCAGAACACCUACGAUUCUCUCGAUGUUCACGUCGGCCAAUGCUACUCGGUGCUCGUCACGGCCGACAAGGAUCCCAAGAAAUACUACAUGGUGGCCUCCACCCGCUUCACCAAGACCCUGCUCACCGCCAAAGCCAUUGUCAGCUACGCCAAUGCGCCCAAGAAGGGAGCCUCAGCCUCACCGCUCAUCCCCGACGCCCCCGUGGGUUGGGCCUGGUCUCUCAACCAGUUCCGCACCUUCCGUUGGAACCUCACGGCCAGCGCUGCCAGGCCCAAUCCUCAGGGAACCUACCACUAUGGCCAGAUCAACAUUACCCGCACCAUUAAACUCGUCAACUCCGCAAGCAGGGUGGGCGGGAAGCUUCGGUAUGCCAUCAACGGCGUGUCCCACACCGAUCCUGCCACUCCAUUGAAGCUGGCUGAAUACUACGGAGUUGCCAACAAGGUUUUCAAAUACGACACCAUGCCUGCAUCACCACCUAAAAAGCUAGUCACCACGGUGGUGGCUCCUAAUGUAUUGAAUCAGACGUUCCGUAACUUUGUGGAGAUCGUGUUCGAGAACCACGAGAAGAGCCUGCAGUCGUGGCAUUUGGAUGGAUACUCCUUUUUCGCGGUUGGCAUGGAGGCUGGAAGAUGGAGACCAAAAUGCAGAAGGAACUACAAUCUUCUAGACGCAGUAAGCAGGCACACCAUUCAGGUGUUCCCGAAAUCGUGGGCGGCCAUAUUGUUGACAUUUGACAAUGCAGGAAUGUGGAACUUGCGGUCGGAACUGACACAGAAUCGCUAUCUGGGACAACAAAUGUAUGUGAGCGUUCUAUCUCCUGAACGCUCACUAAGGGAUGAGUACAACAUGCCAGACGAUGACUUGGUGUGCGGGAUUGUCAAGGAUUUGCCUAAGCCCCCACCAUACACCAUCUAAUCCAAUAUUUUAUAUAUAUAUACAUACAUAUAUAUAUAUAUAUAUAUAUAUAUUAACCUUCCUAUAAGCUUUAAACUUUAAGCUGAACAUACGUGCAUAGGAAUGGUUCCUCCAUCUAUCUCUCUCCUGUAUCAACCCUUUCCAAACUACCAAUUAAUUGUUUAAUUCUUAUUUC